GCAGAGCGCAUGCUCUGGGGCAGUUGGCGGCGGGGCCGGCGAGCGGAGGAGUUGCUUGUGGCGGACCUGCAGCGAGGAAAGGAAGAUGCCACCAAAACGUAUAGCUAAGAGAAGGUCACCCCCAGAAGAUGCUCUCCCCAAAAGCAAGAAGGUGAAGGUCUCCCAUAGGUCCCACAGCACAGAACCAGGCAUCGUGCUGACACUGGGCCAGGGCGACGUGGGCCAGCUGGGGCUGGGCGAGAAUGUGAUGGAGAGGAAGAAACCAGCCCUGGUGCCCAUUCCGGAGGACAUCGUGCAAGCUGAGGCUGGGGGCAUGCAUACUGUGUGUCUAAGCAAAAGUGGCCAGGUCUACUCCUUCGGCUGCAACGAUGAAGGAGCCCUGGGACGGGACACAUCAGUGGAGGGCUCAGAGAUGGUCCCCGGGAAAGUGGAACUGCAAGAGAAAGUGGUACAGGUGUCAGCAGGAGACAGUCACACAGCAGCUCUCACUGAGGAUGGUCGAGUUUUCCUCUGGGGCUCCUUCCGGGACAAUAAUGGUGUGAUUGGACUCUUGGAGCCCAUGAAGAAGAGCAUGGUGCCUGUGCAAGUGCAGCUGACUAUGCCUGUAGUGAAGGUGGCCUCAGGAAAUGACCACUUGGUGAUGCUGACAGUUGAUGGUGACCUCUACACUUUGGGCUGCGGGGAGCAGGGCCAGCUGGGCCGUGUGCCUGAAUUAUUUGCCAACCGUGGUGGCCGUCAGGGCCUUGAACGACUCCUGGUCCCCAAGUGUGUGAUGCUGAAAUCCAGAGGAAGCCGGGGUCAUGUCAGAUUCCAAGAUGCCUUCUGUGGUGCCUACUUCACCUUUGCCAUCUCCUGUGAGGGCCAUGUAUAUGGUUUUGGCCUCUCCAACUAUCAUCAGCUUGGAACCCCAGGGACAGAAUCUUGCUUUGUACCCCAAAACUUGACAUCCUUCAAGAACUCUACCAAGUCCUGGGUGGGCUUCUCUGGUGGCCAGCAUCAUACAGUCUGCAUGGAUUCAGAAGGAAAAGCGUACAGCCUCGGCCGGGCUGAGUAUGGGCGGCUGGGCCUUGGGGAGGGUGCUGAGGAGAAGAGCAUACCCACCCUCAUCUCCAGGCUCCCUGCUGUCUCCUCAGUGGCUUGUGGGGCCUCCGUGGGGUAUGCUGUGACCAAGGAUGGUCGUGUGUUUGCCUGGGGCAUGGGCACCAACUAUCAGCUGGGCACAGGGCAGGAAGACGAUGCCUGGAGCCCAGUGGAGAUGACAGGCAAACAGCUGGAGAACCGUGUGGUCUUAUCUGUGUCCAGUGGGGGCCAGCACACAGUCUUACUAGUCAAGGACAAGGAACAGAGCUGAUGAAGCCUCUGCGGGCCUGGCUCCCGGCCCCCCACCCUCUCUCCUGGAACUGAGAAGCUAUGAAAACUACAGAUUCCAGCAAGCCUCCCCCAGCCCCGAGUGCUCUGUCAUCUCCUGCCUUUUUCCUAUCAGCAGAACAGAAUCCUUUUCCUCUUUUCCAUCCUCCUUUCCUGAAUCAUCCUGCAACCUAUAGGAUGAAGGGGAGGUGGGAGGGAAUGGAAGAGGGGAGGGGGUUUCGGCAGCCGGAACAUUGCUCACCCCAGAGCUCUGUGGUUAGACCUUUCUCCCUCAUCCCUACCUCCCAUGGUCCUGGCUGACCCUGGUUUUGCCUGCCAAAAACCAAAAAUUCCUCCCCUCGGGAUUUGGUGCCCACGUUCUGAAAAGUUGGGGAUCUUCAGGCCCUACUGUAGCCAUGUGCCACUCUGUCCUUCACAAUCCACAGGCAUAUAAAUGGUAUGGUGGUCAGACCCAGCUGUCAUGGACCUAUGCCUGGGGGAAACCUGAGAUGGGGCAGGGCUGCCCAGCCAUGGGCAACCCCAAGCCAAAUAUGUGGCCCUCAACAGAUGUUCAUGGGGAAGAAAAAAUGAUCCUCCACUUGAUCAAGAAAAAAGCCAAUCAGCCUUUAUCCCAGAAGCACAAAGCAUUCUGCCCUUCAGGUAUUGCCUGAGUAUCCUGCCCAUCCAACCUGCCUUACCUGCAGCCAAGGGCCUGAAGUCUGGAAAGGAAGCUACAUCUGCAGGGCAGGACAUGGAGGGAAGGGGAAGGAAAGUUUUAUAAACAAACUUAUAGCAAUAUUGAAAGUGAAGGGAGGGAGGGGAAGGGGGUCAGAGGGCCAGAGGCUGGUGCCCAGGAAGGGAAGCAGCAGCUUGUACAGUGGCUGAGAAAAUAGAAAACUGUUUUGAUUUUUUAAAAAUGUAAAGUAUUUUGGAGGGGAGAGUGAAAUCUUUUAACACUUUGAAUAAAUUUAGAGUUUUAUAAAACAGGCCACUUGUUUUUUACAUACUCCCUGCUUUUUUAAGGGAGCACCUGCUGUGUUGGGAAGAGCAGAAUAAAACCAUACCUAUGCACCUGGUCAAAGCUAGGACUUAAGUGAUGUUGCAAUGUCAUGGUAUGUGCCAGUCAGCUAUUGAUGUGGCUGUUUCAUACAAAUCAAAAAAGAGAAAAAGUUGAUUUUUGCUUAGGUAUUUAUGUUUCAGGAAUCACUCACUGGAUUUUUUUUAAAAAAAUUAUGCUGCAUAAUGUAAGAGACAUGGAAUGGAUCUUUUCAUAUCCUAAUCCCAAACCAAGAUUUGAAUACAGUACAUAUCUAUAAAUACUUAUACUAAGCUUGCUGUUAUAUCAUUUUCAACAGCUGAUGUAAUUGAUUAAACAAGAUUAACUGCA